AAGAGACUUCCCGAGUCUAGCACAUUCUAAGGCAGAGAGAGCUUUCGGUUUUGAACGCGAUGGAGGAGCUGAAAUCGGCUAUGGAGGAGCACAUGGAGCAAAUGGCCGAUCUCGUCCAGAAAUUCUCCGCCGAACUCCGUUCCGGUCUUCGUCCCGCCUUGGACAACUUCCUUGGCUUCUUCCACGCCAUCGACUGGAAGGAACCUUGGUUAGCUUGCUUAAUGGGCUUCCAUAUCGUGUUGCUGCUGCUAACGAUCUUGUCAAGGAAGAAUGUCAACUUUCAGAUGUUCUUGUUCCUUCUUGCGUUGGCUGGUGUAUAUUUUGCUGAGAAUCUCAAUAGAUUCCUGGGUCAAAAUUGGAAGAGCUUUGCCGGGCAGAACUAUUUUGAUCCGAGCGGAGUUUUUCUCUCGACGCUAUGGUCCGGGCCUCUUCUUGUCAUUGCUAUCAUAAUCUUGGUAAACACUCUACUUUCCUUAUGUCACCUCAUUGUUAGAUGGAAAAGGGCUGAGCUCACAUAUCGUUCAAGGCUUGCUCGUAAUAAACAGGAUUGAUUUCCUGUUGCUGUAAUGUUGACCGAACCCCCCCGUGUUAAUUUUUCGAGCCAUAGCCAGUAGGGUUUGUCAAUAUUAUGAUCAAUAAAAAAAAAAAAAAAAUUACCAUCUUUUUUAACUUUUUGGCUUUCCAAGCUUUGAAUGGUGUAAAAAUGCGUUCAAUCCUUAUUUACCAUUUUGUAGAAUUUACUUCCUUCUUAUCACGGCUGUUGUAUGUAGACUUGGAAGGAAUAAAUCCUUCUCUCUUUUUCUCCUUGUCAAAUGAUGGGCUAAAUUCUUUAUGCCCCCCUGGCACUACUUUUGGCCUACUUGAGAGACAUGUUUCUUUACCAAUAUAUUUUGUGACCAUUUUACA